AUGGAACUAGAAGAAACUUCCGCAGAGAUUUUGACAAAAUAUCGCUUGCAUAUCAUACAACAUCUUCAGAUGGAUCGAACGUUUCUGUUCGACUACCUAAUCAGCAAAUCUUCCUUUGACAAGGCAGACUUUGAGUUGAUUCAAGCCGAGAAGACGAGCGAGUCAAAGGCUGGCAGGUUCUUAGAUAUUCUAGAAAUGAAGGGACAGAAGGCAUUUUGCCACUUUAUAGACGCCUUGCAGAUUCUCAACCCAAGCCUGUAUGAAAUGGUGACGGGGGAAAGUGCAACAAAAAGUUAGUAGUUUUGUUGCAUUAGAGAUAUAAACGACCAAACUGGUUUUUACUAUCUCUCCAACCACUUUUAUGUUGUAAAUAAAGCCCGAACGAUCUGGUCGCGUAAAGAAAUCACUGGCGGACCUCUUGAAUGCAGACAUGGCAAAAUCACUUAAUAGGGGUUGCCUAAUCGAUUCAAACGUCAGGUUUAGCAAACAUGCUGUAAGAAGGAAAUUCAAAGGUUUAAAUUUUCAGCGAAUAAUCCAGUGAUAUAAGCUGAAGAUAGAACCACUUUAAUUGCGUUAACGUCAUAAUCACCAAACAGGAAGUUUCCUAAAUCAGAGACGAGCUGAUUGUUGAAACGUAGGAACGUUUGCCAUUUGAUAGUUUUCCAAUGUAAAUUCAGAAAACUCGGAUUUUGGUAACAUUUACAUUCAAAUUUUGUUCAUUCCCGGACAGUUUCCGGCUCUGCAAAACAACAACAUGAAAUUCCAACUAGCUGCGAACUACGACGAGCAUAAACCAACGACGACCAACGAGUUUCACUUCCCCUAUCAGUUUGACCUAGACUUCCUUAGCCUUUAUGAUGUGUAAUCAAUGAGGAAUAAUCUAAACGAUUUUUUUAACAGAAAUCUUUUAGCAGCCAACGUUCUUUUUUUUUUUGUAAACGUAUAGCUCGAAACUUCUCGAAUUUAAAAUGAUCAGAGUAGAAUCUUCGACGUAAUUUCCAUAUCGAAAGUGUUGAAGUGGAGAAAUAAAAUAACUUUAGAUAAGAACUCGUUAAAAUAUGUUAUUUUGCUAACUGUUUUCUUAAAAUAAAUGAAUAAAUAGAUGAAUAGAUGAAUGGAUAAAUUAUAAAUGAUUAAAUAAAUAACAAGACACACACACACACCAAAACACGAUACAAAAACACUUUAUUUCUUGCCAUAGAUCUGAUCACGGUCAAUCAAAUCCUUAUUUACACAGGUGACAAUCCCAUCUUGUCAGAUGUUAAGAGCCAUAUCAUCAGUGGUAAGUCUAGAAUCUAAUUUAUUUUGUGUUCUUUAUAAGCUGGACAUGACACAUUAUUUCGUUCGUGUUACGAAAGAAAAAAUAGUACGUCUGUUAUGGCGGUCAUGUUGAAUAGAUCUAUUUCGUCUCGUUACUCUUUGAUGUGUUAAGCGAAGUUAAGACUAUGGCUAGACGAAACAAAACUCUUUUUAAUAUCUCUUGAAUAGAAAUGUCCCCUAGUGGGCUCUCUCAAAAAAAGAUGUUCCUCUUUGUCGAAACUCUACAGGUGGUCUUUUUUCGGGUAUGUUUAAAAUCUUAUCCAGUCCAUUCAGUGAUUACUCGCGCUCGCAGACAAAUACUAUUUCUUAUUUUUUGAGCGCCGUGUAUUAAAGGAGUUACUACAUGCAAAAGUUUUGAUAUUUCAAUCAAUUCGUUUUGAAUAAUUCCAAAAUUUCAAAGGGAAGAGCGUUUAGACAUUAACCUCCAACUUUGGUUAUAACAUUGUACUAGUUCGAUGUUUCGGUGAAGGCGGUAAAAAAAGCAAGUUAAAUUUUCCUAACAGCGACAUUGCAUUCAGACACCCAACAACAUGAAUCAUAAUGAACCUCGGGACGUAGAAAAGUCAACACAUUUAACCCUUUACACCCUAACAUCAGUAUUUUUAUUCUCCAUACUGUUAUCUGUACAUUUACUAAGGUGCUGACAAGGAGAAUUUGUCCAAUAAUCAAGAGUUUCCUUAGUCGGUGAUCAUUUCCUUUAUUCUCAUGACAUCAAUGUGUGAUUCAGUGGUGAUAUUGUAAGGAGAAUUUUGAUGCUAGUCACUCUAAGGGGUUAAAAGGUUAAACACAAUAGGUGACAAACUCGGAAACUAUGUACAAAAGCAAAGUGACCGGAAUAAGGAAAUAACGAAACUACAGCUCAAGCGAUUAUAAACAUUUUGCUGAAAAUAAAAAUAAUAAAUAUUACUUACGACUACAAAAGAAAAAAAAGCUCAACUAACAACAAUGAAAACGAAUGUCCCAGAAGCACAAACAAAAUGACACAAAUUAGGGGAUAUGACGCAAAUUUUCGUAACUGUGGUUGGCGUCACUAUUCCUCUAGUGGGUGUAACCCAAAAGGUUUAUCCGAUUAACCCUUUCACUCCUAAGAUCUCAUCAGUAAUUCUCCUUACUGUCUGCCAUACAAUUCUUAUGAUGUUAGUUCUGAGGAUUUGCUAUUGAAUCAAUUAAUAAUCCCCUGACUGAUAUUUUUCUUUAUUCUCAUCGCUUGUCUGUUUGAUACUAUGUUGAUUUGGUAAGGAGAAAUCUUUUCUUGGUCACUAAUGGGAGUUGAAGGGUUAAGAGAAUUUUCUUGGGCUAUGAUUCCUCAUAUUCGGGAAUGGAACUGAUAUUAGUUCUGUCCUUGACAGGUGGCGGAUCUACCUUUCUGGACGUAGAUAUCCUCAGUAAUUACUCCAAGAUUCUUACCAAGGAAUUACACGAAUUAACUUUACGUCACGAUCAGGUCCUUAAAGACAACAAUGAACUUAAGAAAAAGCUCGAGGAGGCCUUCAUGGAACAAAACCGGUUGCAACGCAGAAUAAACUGUUUGGAAAAACAGGUCUCGGCCACUGAGGACGCUUUGGCCAACGAGGCUCAAUCGACUGCUAACAAGACGGGCGAGAAUCUCCUGCAGCGGUUCGAGGCGGUCCAACGUGAGGGGCGAACAAAUCAGUUUAUCAUCCAGCUUCAAAUGAAGUUGCUAACAGCGCACGAGGAAAAUGAAACGCUGAGAAAGCAACUGGAUGAAUUUGGAAAGCGAGAAGAUGAAGUGUUGAAGCAAUUGAGUAAAGUCAACAAAGAUUACGCUAUUGAACGGAAGGAGACAAACAAGUUGUCGCAACAACUACGAUCACAGACAGAGGAGAUGAAGAUGUGCGAAACACUGAAAAUGAAACUGCGCGAAGUGCAGUUCGAGAAUGCAAAGUUACGAUGUGAGCUGCAGGAUAAAGAGAACGAUCUUAACGAGGUACAACGGUGGACAGAAGCUCUGAAGGCUCGAUUUGAUUUAAUAGUAGCCGAGAAAGAAGAAAUGCUGAAAAACCAGAAAACCGUGCAUAGCGAGUGCUCGCGGAUGCACGAUGAGGUUUCUGACCUUAGAAUCAAACUCAACCAUAAAGAACGUGUUUUGGUGGAACUAAGACAAAACUGCAAAGAGGUUGAAGAUAGUGCCAAAAUUUAUAGAGAGGAACGCGAUUUUUUCUCUAAAUCCGCGACAGACUCCGCCAUAGAGGUAGACCAGAUUAGGAAAGAGGUGGAAGAAAUCAACCAGCGACAUAAAAAAGCAUUGGAGUCUAAAGAAUUGAGUCUCAGACAGCAGACCGAAUAUGUACGACAGUUUGAGAAGAAAUACGACGAAACCAAAGAGGAGCUUGUUUCUGUGAAGACAAUGUUGAAUAAAGAGAAAGCAGAUAAUGAGGAAUUGAGGGAGAGGAUCUCUACUUUGGAGACAGAGUUGUCGAAAAAGGUAUUAUGACUAGAAUGUUUACGAGCUGUAAAGAUUUUAAUGAUAUUAAGUAGUGUGUGCCGUAUGCAUUUCGUAUAUGAAAUGCAGACAUUAUCCACGAAAUAGUACAAGUAACUUUGGGUUGCACGAAAGAAGCCUAAAAGCAGACUAGGAACUCAAUAGGUUUUGAACCUGUAUGCUGCUGUGUGAAAGUCAAUGAUCAGCUCAUUUCUUCCUUCAUUUCUCAACGAAAAUUGCCUUAUACUCUGAACCUGAUUUUGUGUUGAGUUUGAUUAUUUAUCCUCUUCUUAUAAGGAAUUAACCUCCAAGCCUUAUAUGGAAGAGGAGGAUCACCAGGAUGUAAGCCAAAUACAAGACGCGCAUGAGCAUGAACCGAGUGGAAAUGGGGACGACGAGGUCUUCAUCGGCAUCGACUCGAGAAAACCGCGUGCACCCAGGGAGCUGGUGGGGAGUAUUCAAAGGCGAUUCCAACAUGACAACAGGGCUCCACGGCCCACGAACAAAGCCAUUCGGAAAAGUAACAGCUUUGACGAGAAACUGGCCAAACUCGUGCCUGAAUUUGAAAGCCUACCACUGAAAACUAGAGAAGAUUGCAGCCUUGAUCGUUAUAGAAUGAAGCAAAUCCUGCCUUUUGCACAGAUAGCGGCAAUGUGUCCGCCAAUGACAAGCGUCGGCGACAAGUUUCCGGACGCGCUGAACGCCGCGAUUACCUGCUCCACAGAUGUUCGUAAGCUUGGAUAUCGCAAGAUGUCUGCCCCUGUAGUAGGCACAGAUCUUUUCUCACUUCAUCUUCAAGAUUCAAAUCUAGCGGAAGAAGAUCGCAAUGAGGGAGAUGACGAGCAAAGCAACACAUUUCCGGGCGAAGAAAGUAAGAAUGGCUCGCCAAGUAAGCAAUUCCGCUCACGAACACGGGCUAUCAGACUUACUGAAGGCGAGCGACGCAAUCGUCGUCUCACGGAACCAAUCAUGUACCAGACGAGGGCGGAUAAUAUGUAA